AUGGACACGGAGGCAGGCGACGGCAAGCACAAUGCCGAACUCGUUCCCAGGGGGGGGGGCGCCGCCGGGGGCGCAGCUGGCGGCGCCGCCGGAGGCAGCGCCACCUCGGACGCCUGGUAUCAGAUCGCCAGCAGCUCUGCGCCGCCGGCCGCAGGUGGAGCGGCGUCGACGGGCAGCAAGCUGCCGCUGGUGCUCGGCGUACUAGGCGUGGUUGGGCUUUGCGCUGGUGGGGAACCAGGCUUCAAAAUGCCGGAUAUCAGCGGCCUUUGGGGAUGGUGGGGAGGCGGAGGAGGAGACAAGGGAAGCCCGAGCAAACACAAGGAUACGUCAGCCCAAUCGGCCAAGGCAGCGUCGGCUGCUGCGGCGAAGGCGCUCGAGGACGACAUGCCGCCCGAGGUCGUCGAGGAUGCGGCCAAGGCUGCCGCCGACGCAGUCAGCAAGGGCUUCAAGCCGGAGGAGGCGGCCAAGGCGGCCGAGGCGGCGUCCACUGCGGCGGCGAAGGCGCUCGAGGACGACAUGCCGCCCGAGGUCGCCGAGGAGGCGGCCAAGGCUGCCGCCGACGCAGUCAGCAAGGGCGUCGAGCCGGAGGAGGCGGCCAAGGUUGCCGAGGCGGCGUCUGCUGCGGCGGCGAAGGCGCUCGAGGACGACAUGCCGCCCGAGGUCGCCGAGGCGGCGGCCAAGGCUGCCGCCGACGCGGUCAGCAAAGGCCUCGAUCCGGAGGAGGCGGCCAAGGCGGCCGAGGCGGCGUCUGCUGCGGCGGCGAAGGCGCUCGAGGACGACAUGCCGCCCGAGGCAGCCGAGGCGGCGGCCAAGGCUGCCGCCGACGCAGUCAGCAAGGGCUUCAAGCCGGAGGAGGCGGCCAAGGCGGCCGAGGCGGCGUCCGCAGCGGCGGCCAAGGCGCUCGAGGACGACAUGCCGCCCGAGGUCGUCGAGGAGGCGGCCAAGGCUGCCGCCGACGCAGUCAGUAAGGGCGUCGAGCCGGAGGAGGCGGCCAAGGUGGCCGAGGCGGCGUCUGCUGCGGCGGCGAAGGCGCUCGAGGAGGACAUGCCGCCCGAGGCAGCCGAGGCGGCGGCCAAGGCUGCCGCCGACGCAGUCAGCAAGGGCGUCGAUCCGGAGGAGGCGGCCAAGGCGGCCGAGGCGGCGUCUGCUGCGGCGGCGAAGGCGCUCGAGGACGACAUGCCGCCCGAGGCAGCCGAGGCGGCGGCCAAGGCUGCCGCCGACGCAGUCAGCAAGGGCGUCGAUCCGGAGGAGGCGGCCAAGGCGGCCGAGGCGGCGUCUGCUGCGGCGGCGAAGGCGCUCGAGGACGACAUGCCGCCCGAGGCAGCCGAGGCGGCGGCCAAGGCUGCCGCCGACGCAGUCAGCAAGGGCUUCAAGCCGGAGGAGGCGGCCAAGGCGGCCGAGGCGGCGUCCGCAGCGGCGGCCAAGGCGCUCGAGGAGGACAUGCCGCCCGAGGUCGCCGAGGAGGCGGCCAAGGCUGCCGCCGACGCAGUCAGCAAGGGCGUCGAUCCGGAGGAGGCGGCCAAGGUUGCCGAGGCGGCGUCCGCUGCGGCGGCGAAGGCGCUCGAGGAGGACAUGCCGCCCGAGGUCGCCGAGGAGGCGGCCAAGGCUGCCGCCGACGCAGUCAGCAAGGGCGUCGAUCCGGAGGAGGCGGCCAAGGCGGCCGAGGCGGCGUCCGCAGCAGCGGCGAAGGCGCUCGAGGAGGACAUGCCGCCCGAGGUCGUCGAGGAGGCGGCCAAGGCUGCCGCCGACGCGGUCAGCAAGGGCCUCGAGCCGGAGGAGGCGGCCAAGGUGGCCGAGGCGGCGUCCGCAGCAGCGGCGAAGGCGCUCGAGGACGACAUGCCGCCCGAGGUCGUCGAGGAGGCGGCCAAGGCUGCCGCCGACGCGGUCAGCAAGGGCGUCGAUCCAGAGGAGGCGGCCAAGGUGGCCGAGGCGGCGUCUGCUGCGGCGGCUAAGGCACUCGAGGAGGACAUGCCGCCCGAGGUCGUCGAGGAGGCGGCCAAGGCUGCCGCCGACGCAGUCAGCAAGGGCGUCGAUCCGGAGGAGGCGGCCAAGGUGGCCGAGGCGGCGUCCGCUGCGGCGGCGAAGGCGCUCGAGGAGGACAUGCCGCCCGAGGUCGUCGAGGAGGCGGCCAAGGCUGCCGCCGACGCAGUCAGCAAGGGCGUCGAUCCGGAGGAGGCAGCCAAGGUGGCCGAGGCGGCGUCUGCUGCGGCGGCCAAGGCGCUCGAGGAGGACAUGCCGCCCGAGGUCGUCGAGGAGGCGGCCAAGGCUGCCGCCGACGCAGUCAGCAAGGGCGUCGAGCCGGAGGAGGCGGCCAAGGUUGCCGAGGCGGCGUCCGCUGCGGCGGCGAAGGCGCUCGAGGACGACAUGCCGCCCGAGGUCGUCGAGGAGGCGGCCAAGGCUGCCGCCGACGCGGUCAGCAAGGGCGUCGAUCCGGAGGAGGCGGCCAAGGUUGCCGAGGCGGCGUCCGCUGCGGCGGCCAAGGCGCUCGAGGAGGACAUGCCGCCCGAGGUCGUCGAGGCGGCGGCCAAGGCUGCCGCCGACGCGGUCAACAAGGGCCUCGAUCCGGAGGAGGCGGCUAAGGCGGCCGAGGCGGCGACCGCUGCGGCGGCGAAGGCGCUCGAGGAGGACAUGCCGCCCGAGGCAGCCGAGGCGGCGGCCAAGGCUGCCGCCGACGCAGUCAGCAAGGGCGUCGAUCCGGAGGAGGCGGCCAAGGUUGCCGAGGCGGCGUCCACUGCGGCGGCGAAGGCGCUCGAGGACGACAUGCCGCCCGAGGUCGUCGAGGAGGCGGCCAAGGCUGCCGCCGACGCAGUCAGCAAGGGCGUCGAUCCGGAGGAGGCGGCCAAGGCGGCCGAGGCGGCGUCUGCUGCGGCGGCGAAGGCGCUCGAGGACGACAUGCCGCCCGAGGCAGCCGAGGCGGCGGCCAAGGCUGCCGCCGACGCAGUCAGCAAGGGCUUCAAGCCGGAGGAGGCGGCCAAGGCGGCCGAGGCGGCGUCCGCAGCGGCGGCCAAGGCGCUCGAGGAGGACAUGCCGCCCGAGGUCGCCGAGGAGGCGGCCAAGGCUGCCGCCGACGCAGUCAGCAAGGGCGUCGAUCCGGAGGAGGCGGCCAAGGUUGCCGAGGCGGCGUCCGCUGCGGCGGCGAAGGCGCUCGAGGAGGACAUGCCGCCCGAGGUCGCCGAGGAGGCGGCCAAGGCUGCCGCCGACGCAGUCAGCAAGGGCGUCGAGCCGGAGGAGGCGGCCAAGGCGGCCGAGGCGGCGUCCACUGCUGCGGCGAAGGCGCUCGAGGACGACAUGCCGCCCGAGGCAGCCGAGGCGGCGGCCAAGGCUGCCGCCGACGCAGUCAGCAAGGGCGUCGAUCCGGAGGAGGCGGCCAAGAUUGCCGAGGCGGCGUCCGCAGCAGCGGCGAAGGCGCUCGAGGACGACAUGCCGCCCGAGGUCGUCGAGGAGGCGGCCAAGGCUGCCGCCGACGCAGUCAGCAAGGGCGUCGAUCCGGAGGAGGCGGCCAAGGUUGCCGAGGCGGCGUCCGCUGCGGCGGCGAAGGCGCUCGAGGAGGACAUGCCGCCCGAGGUCGCCGAGGAGGCGGCCAAGGCUGCCGCCGACGCAGUCAGCAAGGGCGUCGAUCCGGAGGAGGCGGCCAAGGCGGCCGAGGCGGCGUCCGCAGCAGCGGCGAAGGCGCUCGAGGAGGACAUGCCGCCCGAGGUCGUCGAGGAGGCGGCCAAGGCUGCCGCCGACGCGGUCAGCAAGGGCCUCGAGCCGGAGGAGGCGGCCAAGGUGGCCGAGGCGGCGUCCGCUGCAGCGGCGAAGGCGCUCGAGGACGACAUGCCGCCCAAGGUCGCCGAGGAGGCGGCCAAGGCUGCCGCCGACGCAGUCAGCAAGGGCGUCGAUCCGGAGGAGGCAGCCAAGGUUGCCGAGGCGGCGUCUGCUGCGGCGGCGAAGGCGCUCGAGGACGACAUGCCGCCCGAGGUCGUCGAGGAGGCGGCCAAGGCUGCCGCCGACGCAGUCAGCAAGGGCGUCGAUCCGGAGAAGGCGGCCAAGGUUGCCGAGGCGGCGUCCACUGCGGCGGCGAAGGCGCUCGAGGACGACAUGCCGCCCGAGGUCGUCGAGGAGGCGGCCAAGGCUGCCGCCGACGCAGUCAGCAAGGGCGUCGAUCCGGAGGAGGCGGCCAAGGUUGCCGAGGCGGCGUCCGCUGCGGCGGCGAAGGCGCUCGAGGACGACAUGCCGCCCGAGGUCGCCGAGGAGGCGGCCAAGGCUGCCGCCGACGCAGUCAGCAAGGGCGUCGAUCCGGAGGAGGCGGCCAAGGCGGCCGAGGCGGCGUCCGCUGCGGCGGCGAAGGCGCUCGAGGACGACAUGCCGCCCGAGGUCGUCGAGGAGGCGGCCAAGGCUGCCGCCGACGCAGUCAGCAAGGGCCUCGAGCCGGAGGAGGCGGCCAAGGUGGCCGAGGCGGCGUCCGCUGCGGCGGCGAAGGCGCUCGAGGACGACAUGCCGCCCGAGGUCGUCGAGGAGGCGGCCAAGGCUGCCGCCGACGCGGUCAGCAAGGGCGCCGAGCCAGAGGAGGCGGCCAAGGUUGCCGAGGCGGCGUCCGCUGCGGCGGCGAAGGCGCUCGAGGAGGACAUGUCGCCCGAGGUCGUCGAGGAGGCGGCCAAGGCUGCCGCCGACGCGGUCAGCAAGGGCGUCGAUCCGGAGGAGGCGGCCAAGGUGGCCGAGGCGGCGUCCGCUGCGGCGGCGAAGGCGCUCGAGGAGGACAUGCCGCCCGAGGUCGUCGAGGAGGCGGCCAAGGCUGCCGCCGACGCAGUCAGCAAGGGCGUCGAUCCGGAGGAGGCGGCCAAGGUUGCCGAGGCGGCGUCCGCUGCGGCGGCCAAGGCGCUCGAGGAGGACAUGCCGCCCGAGGUCGUCGAGGAGGCGGCCAAGGCUGCCGCCGACGCAGUCAGCAAGGGCGUCGAUCCGGAGGAGGCGGCCAAGGUGGCCGAGGCGGCGUCCGCUGCGGCGGCGAAGGCGCUCGAGGACGACAUGCCGCCCGAGGUCGCCGAGGAGGCGGCCAAGGCUGCCGCCGACGCAGUCAGCAAGGGCGUCGAGCCGGAGGAGGCGGCCAAGAUUGCCGAGGCGGCGUCCGCAGCAGCGGCGAAGGCGCUCGAGGACGACAUGCCGCCCGAGGUCGUCGAGGAGGCGGCCAAGGCUGCCGCCGACGCAGUCAGCAAGGGCGUCGAUCCGGAGGAGGCGGCCAAGGUUGCCGAGGCGGCGUCCGCUGCGGCGGCCAAGGCGCUCGAGGACGACAUGCCGCCCGAGGUCGUCGAGGAGGCGGCCAAGGCUGCCGCCGACGCGGUCAACAAGGGCGUCGAUCCGGAGGAGGCGGCCAAGGCGGCCGAGGCGGCGACCGCUGCGGCGGCGAAGGCGCUCGAGGAGGACAUGCCGCCCGAGGUCGUCGAGGCGGCGGCCAAGGCUGCCGCCGACGCGGUCAACAAGGGCCUCGAUCCGGAGGAGGCGGCUAAGGCGGCCGAGGCGGCGACCGCUGCGGCGGCGAAGGCGCUCGAGGAGGACAUGCCGCCCGAAGAUAUAGCCAAGGCUGCCGAAAAAGCGGCCGCCUCGGCGGCUCCAUCGCUCCCGCCGUGUGGGCCUGGUCUCGUCACUUUCGUUGAGAUGAAGCAGGAGCUGGCCGCGUGGGUCAACGAUGAGGCCCAUUCGGCUGAGGGCGAGGCAGCGAUCAACAAGCUCAUCGCAGACAACGGCUACGUCAAGCCGUACGCGUUCAAGUACGCGGGCUGGUCUGCUCUCUCCAAUGACAACGGCUACGCUGCCACCUACUCCGCCACGGCCUCGUGCGAGACACCCGAGUGCCAGGCAGCGAAUCCCACAUGGAAGGAGGCUCUCGUCGCACCGCUCGGCGAGGCACAGUUUGACCUUUGCGAAGAGGGCCACGAGCCGGAGGAGGCGGCCAAGGCGGCCGUGGCGGCGUCCGCUGCGGCGGCGAAGGCGCUUGAGGAGGACAUGCCGCCCGAGGUCGCCGAGGAGGCGGCCAAGGCUGCCGCCGACGCAGUCAGCAAGGGCCUCGAUCCGGAGGAGGCGGCCAAGGCGGCCGAGGCGGCGUCCGCUGCGGCGGCGAAGGCGCUCGAGGAGGACAUGCCGCCCGAGGUCGUCGAGGAGGCUGCCAAGGCUGCCGCCGACGCAGUCAGCAAGGGCGUCGAUCCGGAGGAGGCGGCCAAGGUGGCUGAGGCGGCGUCCACUGCGGCGGCGAAGGCGCUCGAGGAGGACAUGCCGCCCGAGGUCGUCGAGGAGGCGGCCAAGGCUGCCGCCGACGCAGUCAGCAAGGGCCUCGAUCCGGAGGAGGCGGCCAAGGUUGCCGAGGCGGCGUCCGCUGCGGCGGCGAAGGCGCUCGAGGAGGACAUGCCGCCCGAGGUCGUCGAGGAGGCGGCCAAGGCUGCCGCCGACGCAGUCAGCAAGGGCCUCGAUCCGGAGGAGGCGGCCAAGGUUGCCGAGGCGGCGUCCGCUGCGGCGGCGAAGGCGCUCGAGGACGACAUGCCGCCCGAGGUCGUCGAGGAGGCGGCCAAGGCUGCCGCCGACGCAGUCAGCAAGGGCGUCGAUCCGGAGGAGGCAGCCAAGGUGGCCGAGGCGGCGUCUGCUGCGGCGGCUAAGGCGCUCGAGGAGGACAUGCCGCCCGAGGUCGUCGAGGAGGCGGCCAAGGCUGCCGCCGACGCAGUCAGCAAGGGCGUCGAUCCGGAGGAGGCGGCCAAGGUUGCCGAGGCGGCGUCCGCUGCGGCGGCGAAGGCGCUCGAGGACGACAUGCCGCCCGAGGUCGCCGAGGAGGCGGCCAAGGCUGCCGCCGACGCAGUCAGCAAGGGCGUCGAUCCGGAGGAGGCGGCCAAGGCGGCCGAGGCGGCGUCCGCUGCGGCGGCGAAGGCGCUCGAGGACGACAUGCCGCCCGAGGUCGCCGAGGAGGCGGCCAAGGCUGCCGCCGACGCAGUCAGCAAGGGCGUCGAUCCGGAGGAGGCGGCCAAGGCGGCCGAGGCGGCGUCCGCUGCGGCGGCGAAGGCGCUCGAGGACGACAUGCCGCCCGAGGUCGUCGAGGAGGCGGCCAAGGCUGCCGCCGACGCAGUCAGCAAGGGCCUCGAGCCGGAGGAGGCAGCCAAGGUGGCCGAGGCGGCGUCCGCAGCAGCGGCGAAGGCGCUCGAGGACGACAUGCCGCCCGAGGUCGCCGAGGAGGCGGCCAAGGCUGCCGCCGACGCAGUCAGCAAGGGCGUCGAUCCGGAGGAGGCAGCCAAGGUUGCCGAGGCGGCGUCUGCUGCGGCGGCGAAGGCGCUCGAGGACGACAUGCCGCCCGAGGUCGUCGAGGAGGCGGCCAAGGCUGCCGCAGACGCAGUCAGCAAGGGCGUCGAUCCGGAGAAGGCGGCCAAGGUUGCCGAGGCGGCGUCCACUGCGGCGGCGAAGGCGCUCGAGGACGACAUGCCGCCCGAGGUCGUCGAGGAGGCGGCCAAGGCUGCCGCCGACGCAGUCAGCAAGGGCGUCGAUCCGGAGGAGGCGGCCAAGGUGGCCGAGGCGGCGUCCGCUGCGGCGGCGAAGGCGCUCGAGGAGGACAUGCCGCCCGAGGUCGUCGAGGAGGCGGCCAAGGCUGCCGCCGACGCAGUCAGCAAGGGCGUCGAUCCGGAGGAGGCGGCCAAGGUGGCCGAGGCGGCGUCCGCUGCGGCGGCGAAGGCGCUCGAGGACGACAUGCCGCCCGAGGUCGUCGAGGAGGCGGCCAAGGCUGCCGCCGACGCGGUCAGCAAGGGCGCCGAGCCAGAGGAGGCGGCCAAGGUUGCCGAGGCGGCGUCCGCUGCGGCGGCGAAGGCGCUCGAGGACGACAUGCCGCCCGAGGUCGUCGAGGAGGCGGCCAAGGCUGCCGCCGACGCGGUCAGCAAGGGCGUCGAUCCGGAGGAGGCGGCCAAGGUGGCCGAGGCGGCGUCCGCUGCGGCGGCGAAGGCGCUCGAGGAGGACAUGUCGCCCGAGGUCGUCGAGGAGGCGGCCAAGGCUGCCGCCGACGCGGUCAGCAAGGGCGCCGAGCCAGAGGAGGCGGCCAAGGUUGCCGAGGCGGCGUCCGCUGCGGCGGCGAAGGCGCUCGAGGAGGACAUGUCGCCCGAGGUCGUCGAGGAGGCGGCCAAGGCUGCCGCCGACGCGGUCAGCAAGGGCGUCGAUCCGGAGGAGGCGGCCAAGGUUGCCGAGGCGGCGUCCGCUGCGGCGGCGAAGGCGCUCGAGGACGACAUGCCGCCCGAGGUCGUCGAGGAGGCGGCCAAGGCUGCCGCCGACGCAGUCAGCAAGGGCGUCGAUCCGGAGGAGGCGGCCAAGGUGGCCGAGGCGGCGUCCGCUGCGGCGGCGAAGGCGCUCGAGGACGACAUGCCGCCCGAGGUCGUCGAGGAGGCGGCCAAGGCUGCCGCCGACGCAGUCAGCAAGGGCGUCGAUCCGGAGGAGGCGGCCAAGGUUGCCGAGGCGGCGUCCGCUGCGGCGGCCAAGGCGCUCGAGGACGACAUGCCGCCCGAGGUCGUCGAGGAGGCGGCCAAGGCUGCCGCCGACGCGGUCAGCAAGGGCGUCGAUCCGGAGGAGGCGGCCAAGGCGGCCGAGGCGGCGUCCGCUGCGGCGGCGAAGGCGCUCGAGGAGGACAUGCCGCCCGAGGUCGUCGAGGCGGCGGCCAAGGCUGCCGCCGACGCGGUCAACAAGGGCCUCGAUCCGGAGGAGGCGGCUAAGGCGGCCGAGGCGGCGACCGCUGCGGCGGCGAAGGCGCUCGAGGAGGACAUGCCGCCCGAAGAUAUAGCCAAGGCUGCCGAAAAAGCGGCCGCCUCGGCGGCUCCAUCGCUCCCGCCGUGUGGGCCUGGUCUCGUCACUUUCGUUGAGAUGAAGCAGGAGCUGGCCGCGUGGGUCAACGAUGAGGCCCAUUCGGCUGAGGGCGAGGCAGCGAUCAACAAGCUCAUCGCAGACAACGGCUACGUCAAGCCGUACGCGUUCAAGUACGCGGGCUGGUCUGCUCUCUCCAAUGACAACGGCUACGCUGCCACCUACUCCGCCACGGCCUCGUGCGAGACACCCGAGUGCCAGGCAGCGAAUCCCACAUGGAAGGAGGCUCUCGUCGCACCGCUCGGCGAGGCACAGUUUGACCUUUGCGAAGACGCGGCUGUUGACGAACGUUCGCUUCCAAUGUCUUCAACGCCGACAUCGUCUGCCGCGACCUGCACCACCGUCGCGGAGAUGAAGCAGGAGCUGGCCGCGUGGAUCAACGAUGAGGCCCACGUGGCUGAGGGCGAGGCAGCGAUCAACAAGCUCAUCGCAGACAACGGCUACGUCAAGCCGUACUCGUUCAAGUACGCGGGCUGGUCUGCUCUCUCCAAUGACAACGGCUACGCUGCCACCUACUCCGCCACGGCCUCGUGCGAGACACCCGAGUGCCAGGCAGCGAAUCCCACAUGGAAGGAGGCUCUCGUCGCACCGCUCGGCGAGGCACAGUUUGACCUUUGCGAAGACGCGGCUGUUGACGAACGUUCGCUUCCAAUGUCUUCAACGCCGACAUCGUCUGCCGCGACCUGCACCACCGUCGCGGAGAUGAAGCAGGAGCUGGCCGCGUGGAUCAACGAUGAGGCCCACGUGGCUGAGGGCGAGGCAGCGAUCAACAAGCUCAUCGCAGACAACGGCUACGUCAAGCCGUACUCGUUCAAGUACGCGGGCUGGUCUGCUCUCUCCAAUGGGAACGGCUACGCUGCCACCUACUCCGCCACGGCCUCGUGCGAGACACCCGAGUGCCAGGCAGCGAAUCCCACAUGGAAGGAGGCUCUCGUGGCACCGCUCGGGGAGGCUGAAUUCGGCAACGUUUGCUCCUGA